GCCGGGCGAUGGGGCCGCGGCCGGGGCUGACGCUUUGACAGCUGGCAGGAGCGCGGAGCCGGCGCCGGGGGCGCGGGCGGGCAGCGCGGCGCGGGCAGCGCGGGCGAGCGGGCGGCGAGCGCCGGGGAGGGGGCCGGGGGCGAGCGGGCAGCGCGGCGGCGGCGGCGGCGGCGGGGCUCGGCGCCCUCCUCUCUGCGAACCAUGUUUGCCAAAGGCAAAGGCUCGGCGGUGCCCUCGGACGGGCAGGCUCGGGAAAAGCUAGCUUUAUACGUCUACGAGUAUUUGCUGCACGUAGGAGCACAGAAAUCUGCACAGACCUUCUUGUCGGAGAUUCGAUGGGAAAAGAACAUCACGUUGGGAGAACCGCCGGGGUUUUUGCACUCGUGGUGGUGCGUGUUUUGGGACCUUUACUGUGCAGCUCCUGAGAGGCGAGACACUUGUGAACAUUCAAGCGAAGCGAAGGCCUUUCAUGACUACAGCGCAGCUGCUGCCCCGAGCCCCGUGCUUGGCAACAUUCCCCCCAACGACGGGAUGCCAGGGGGCCCCAUCCCACCCGGUUUCUUCCAGGGUCCUCCCGGGUCACAGCCCUCGCCGCACGCACAGCCUCCUCACAAUCCCAGCAGCAUGAUGGGACCCCACAGUCAGCCUUUCAUGUCACCGCGCUACGCAGGCGGCCCCCGGCCCCCGAUCCGAAUGGGGAACCAGCCUCCGGGAGGAGUUCCUGGGACGCAGCCUCUGCUGCCCAAUGCCAUGGACCCCACGCGGCAGCAAGGGCACCCCAACAUGGGAGGAUCCAUGCAGAGGAUGAACCCGCCACGAGGCAUGGGGCCCAUGGGCCCUGGGCCACAGAAUUACGGCAGCGGCAUGAGACCACCACCCAACUCCCUCGGCCCCGCCAUGCCCGGGAUUAACAUGGGCCCGGGAGCCGGCCGACCCUGGCCCAAUCCUAACAGUGCUAACUCAAUCCCAUACUCCUCCUCGUCACCCGGCACCUACGUGGGGCCCCCUGGUGGAGGCGGCCCUCCAGGAACGCCCAUCAUGCCUAGCCCUGCAGAUUCAACAAAUUCCAGUGACAACAUCUACACAAUGAUUAAUCCGGUGCCGCCCGGAGCCAGCCGGUCCAACUUCCCGAUGGGUCCCGGCUCGGACGGCCCCAUGGGCGGCAUGGGCGGCAUGGAGCCCCACCACAUGAACGGAUCUCUAGGGUCAGGUGACAUCGACGGACUCCCCAAAAACUCUCCCAACAACAUAAGUGGCAUUAGCAAUCCUCCGGGCACCCCGCGAGACGACGGCGAGCUAGGAGGGAACUUCCUCCAUUCCUUCCAGAACGACAAUUACUCCCCGAGCAUGACGAUGAGUGUGUGACCCCUCUUCUCCGAGACGCUGAGAGACGCGACUUUGCAGGCGGGAAGAUGCCGGAAAUUAUGCAAGAAGACGUGAGGUGUCGCUUCCCAGGAGCCGGGGGGCAUCUCCCGGCCCCCCACCCUCUCCACUCCCCCACCUCCCCCAACUUGAGUUUCAUGCAAUAAAAAGGCUGAACUUUUUAUUCCAUAAAACGUGAAGGACAGAACGCAAAUAAAAUCCGUUUCAAGUCCAUGCCCAGAAGCCCCCUCGCACCCCGCCUUUCCUGGAAGGACUUUUUAUGUACAUGACACUUUUUCGUUGUUUUUUUUUUUUUCUGGUUUAUUUUUGUUUUGUUCGUUUGGGGUUUUACUGUUGUUGGAUUUUUUUUUCCAAUGUUUUCAGGGUUUUGUUUUUUCAGGGUGGGGGGGUGAUUUUUAAAAUGGAAGCUUCUAGCAAGUCCCCACCCACCUCAGCAUCCUUUUUGCUUUUUUUCUUUAAAAAAAACAAAAACAAAAAACAACAAAAAAAAAUGAACGAAAAGGACAAAAAAAAAAAUAACCAAACCCCAGCCCACCCUGACACCAGGCUGCCUGCUGCCUGCCCAGCCCCUCCAGGACGCCAGACUGAGGACCCCAGCGGGUCCGGAGCCUCUGGGAAGGAAGAAGGGCUCGUAGUGGCCGGGCGAGGGACGGGCAGGCGCCCGCUCUGGCCUUGCCCAGUUCCUCCCGCCCAGGGGGUGCUCGCAGCUGGACCCUGUGGACCCGUGACAAACUACACCCCCAUUCAGUGGCCUGCAACGCUCGACGCCGGACACCUGAGCACUCUCCGGAUCCCUCCAGGCGGAGACUGUGGCCCCAGCACCCCCUGCCCCCCUCAGCGAGGAUCCCACCCACGGAGGGGGCUGCCCGCAGCCCGGCGGGGAGGCUGAGACCUGCACCCCGGAAGCAGCUGGAGUUCCGGCUUCCUCUGUCUGUCUGUUUUUUUCUUUCUCCUUCCUUCUCUCUCGAGGAUGGGCGAUGGACCAGGAUUGCUCUGUACGCGCUGGGGCCUGGCGGGAAGAGUCGGGACUCGCCGUGGGGGGCGGGCGCUGGGCCCACCAACCCAACGGACAUGCUGUUUCCGCUCCUGUUUUUACUCUCCAAAACCGCCUUGCCACGGUGGAGCCUGCCCCCCACCCCCCAAGGAGGGGAGCCCCCCGGAGCUCCCCUCUCCUCACCGCCCCCGAUGGGAAUCUGUGUGUCUUGCCCUGAAGACACCCCAAUUCUUUGUACAUUGACCCCCGCCCCCUCCCCUGUAGCUGGUCUUUGUUUGCCCCUUUCUGAUCCAUGUAUAUCAUAUUAUGUGACAUACCAUCUGCCUGAAAAAAAGACCUCGUGCGGAUUAUUGGGAA